CCCUCCAGGAUGCCCAGGGCCGAGGCCCCCCAUGCAGCUGGCGGGCAGAGCGAUGGAGGCGAUGGUGAAGAGGCAGAGCCGGAGGGGAUGUUCAAGGUCGCCGCGGACUCUAAGAGGAAAAUCCAGGACUACCUCCGCCUGGCGCCCCUGUGGCUGGCCCUGGUCGUGCUGGCUUCAGUGGGGGUCCUGCUCUGGUAUUUCCUAGGGUACAAGGCGGAGGUGACAGUCGGCCAAGUGUACUCAGGCAGCCUCCGUGUGCUCAAUCGCCACUUCUCCCAGGACCUUGCCCGCCGGGAGUCCAGUGCCUUUCGCAGUGAAACUGCCAAAGCCCAGAAGAUGCUCCAGGACCUUAUUGCCAGCACCCGCCUGGGUCCUUACUACAACUCCAGCUCCGUCUACUCCUUUGGGGAGGGACCCUUCACCUGCUUCUUCUGGUUCAUCCUCCAAGUCCCCGAGCACCGCCGGCUGAUGCUGAGCCCCGAGGUGGUGCAGGCGCUGCUGGUGGAGGAACUGCUGUCCACGGCCAACAGCUCGGCCACCGUGCCCUACAGGGCCGAGUACGAGGUGGACGCCGAGGGCCUGGUGAUCCUGGAGGCCAGCCUGAAAGACAUAGUUGCACUGAAUUCCACGCUGGGCUGCUACCGCUACAGCUACGUGGGCCAGGGCCAGGUGCUCCAGCUGAAGGGGCCCGACAACCUGGCCUCCAGCUGCCUAUGGCACCUGCAGGGCCCCGAGGAUCUCAUACUCAAACUCCGGCUCGAGUGGAUGCUGGCUGAGUGCCGGGACCGGCUGGCCAUGUACGACGUGGCCGGGCCCCUGGAGAAGAGGCUCAUCACCUCGGUCUACGGCUGCAGCCGUCAGGAGCCGGUGGUGGAGGUGCUGGCGUCGGGUGCCGUCAUGGCUGUGGUCUGGAAGAAGGGCCUGCACAGCUACUACGACCCGUUCACGCUCUCCGUGCAGCCUGUGGCCUUCCAGGCCUGCGAGGUAAACCUGACGCUGGAGGGCCGGCUGGACCUGCAGGGCGUCCUCAGCACGCCGUACUUUCCCAGCUACUACUCACCCAGCACCCACUGCUCCUGGCACCUCACGGUGCCUUCUCUGGACUACGGCUUGGCCCUCUGGUUUGAUGCCUAUGCACUGCGGAGGAAGAAAUACGACCUACCAUGUACUCAGGGCCAGUGGACGAUCCAGGGCAGGAGGCUGUGUGGCCUGCGCACCCUGCAGCCCUACGCUGAGAGAAUCCCUGUGGUGGCUACUGCCGGCAUCACCAUCAACUUCACCUCCCAGACCUCGCUCACGGGGCCAGGCGUGCAGGUGCACUACAGCUUGUACAACCAGUCAGACCCCUGCCCUGGAGAGUUCCUCUGCUCUGUGAAUGGACUCUGUGUCCCCGCCUGUGACGGGAUCAAGGACUGCCCCAAUGGCCUGGAUGAGAGAAAUUGUGUUUGCAGAGCCACAUUCCAGUGCCAAGAGGACAGCACGUGCAUCUCACUGUCCAGGGUCUGUGACCGGCAGCCUGACUGUCUCAACGGGAGUGAUGAGGAGCAGUGCCAGGAAGGAGUGCCUUGUGGGACAUUCACCUUCCGAUGUGAGGACCGCAGCUGUGUGAAGAAACCCAACCCCCAGUGUGAUGGGCAGCCUGACUGCAGGGACGGCUCGGACGAGCAGAGCUGUGACUGUGGCCUCCAGGGCCCCUCCAGUCGCAUUGUGGGUGGGGCCAUGUCCUCGGAGGGCGAGUGGCCAUGGCAGGCCAGCCUACAGGUUCGGGGCCGACACAUCUGCGGGGGGGCCCUCAUCGCCGACCGCUGGGUGAUAACGGCUGCCCACUGCUUCCAGGAGGACAGCAUGGCCUCACCCACACUAUGGACCGUGUACCUGGGCAAGGUGUGGCAGAGCUCGCGCUGGCCCGGGGAGGUGUCGUUCAAAGUCAGCCGCCUGCUCCUGCACCCCUACCACGAGGAGGACAGCCAUGACUACGACGUGGCGCUGCUGCAGCUCGACCACCCAGUGGUGCGCUCAGCUGCCGUGCACCCCGUCUGCCUGCCGGCGCGCUCCCAUUUCUUCGAGCCCGGCCUACACUGCUGGAUCACAGGCUGGGGCGCCCUGCGCGAGGGAGGCCCCACUAGCAAUGCUCUGCAGAAGGUGGAUGUGCAGCUGAUCCCACAGGACCUGUGCAGUGAGGCCUACCGCUACCAGGUGACACCACGCAUGCUGUGUGCCGGCUACCGCAAGGGCAGGAAGGAUUCCUGCCAGGGUGACUCGGGUGGCCCCCUGGUGUGCAAGGAGCCCAGCGGCCGGUGGUUCCUGGCAGGGCUGGUCAGCUGGGGCUUGGGCUGUGGCCGGCCCAACUACUUCGGCGUCUACACCCGCAUUACAGGUGUGAUUGGCUGGAUCCAGCAGGUGCUGACCUGA